AUGAAUAACUUCCAACUAACCCCAAGUCCUAAUCGGAGGACAGCUAAAAAGCAGCAAAUUAGAUUCGAACGAUCUUGUCGUCGUAUCUUAUCACAAGAAGUUACUAAACCAGACGCUGUUUCCAGUACAUCAACGAAACUGGCCGCGGCUAAAAAAGGACGCUUCCUCUUUUUACCAUCUCAAAAAUUUACGACUCCUCUCAAACACUUACGUUAUAAGAAGACUGUUGAUACCCCUAAACAAAAGGAUUAUAAUUUCACUAUUCCACAUUAUUUCGCUAUGACUUCACCUUCGGUGCCUAUUGGUGAAAUAUUAUAUACAGUUUCUCCUUAUAAUCCUAUUCCGGACAUGUUUAUUCCUAUCAAAUAUCGCGAUAUCAUACCGCCUGAUCCUAUUUAUGAUAAUUUUGGUUCCUUUAUUGCCCCUGGGUCUAGGGAAUGGUUUACUUAUAUGUAUCAAUUGGAUUUAGAUACCCGUGAUGAACGCCUUAGCAAAGCAGAUGAUGCUAAAUUUAUUGCUAGAAUUGAUGAACUUACUGCUGAUGGUGACGCUUCUAGAGCUCAUUAUCAACAGUAUCUAGAAGAACGUUCAAAGGAAAUAACCGAACUUAUAAUACAAGAAGAUAUUAGAAUUCAUGAUUUAGCCAUAUAUCACGGUACUAGUUCUAAACACGUCAAAUAUCGACAACGUCAGGCGAGUGAUUUAACCAGGUGGAGCAAUUCCUAUCAUAAUUGUAUGAUGAAUCCCCAACGUCCUACCUCUUCCAACAAAAAGAAAAAGAAAAAGAAGAAACUCUUACAAUCGGAAAUGGAUUCUUUUCUCAUUAACUACCCUAACGUGUCAUCUCCUCUUAGUUUAAAGUGUGACACCACACGAUCAGUGUUUGAUUAUAAGGAUAAUAUACUCCCUACCGAGCCAUACACAUCGGACGACACCAAAGAACUUGAAUACCAUCCUUCGAAACGUAAUGAUCGCACUUUUGAUAAUAACUCGAGUUCCUACAACAUACCUAAACGCUCUCGCCUAGAUACUCCUCUAGCUCUCGAUUCCGAGCAGGCGGGGUCGUUCAAAUAA